AUAAAAACUAAUGUAAAUUUGCAUUGAAGUAUAUUUGUAUUCCAAUUACAUCAAAAAUGAUCAAAAUUGUUGCUCUCAAUGAUGAUGGCGAAGAUGCAACUAAUGAGGAGGAAGAACAUGUUGCUACCCGGGAAGCCCAAGAAACUAUUGCUGAGAGUGAAUAUAUUCGCGCUAUAAAGUUAAAAUCAGACGGCGAAAUUGAUUUAUGUUUGGACUUGCUUAAGGAAUUACUCCAAACCCAAGUAUUAAAUGAGAAUAUUAAAAACAACCGUAAGGAUAAACUUUGGACAAUUAAGUACAAUUGCCAUAAGAACAUUGCUUUUAUAUUGGAAGAACGAUUUGAGUAUAUGUUUGCACUGCAACAUUAUAUAUAUGCAAUCUUGAUUGACAGCACAGAUGUCUCUACAUUACAUAAGUUUGGUCAGUUAGCCUUAAAAUUGAAUGCUACUGAUUUGGCUGAGUAUGCAUUUGAAAAUUGUCUUGGUCGAAAUUCAGCUCAUUGGUGUGCUGCGGAAGGGAUGCUUGAAGUCAUGAAUAUCAAUCACAAUAUUAUAGGUUUAUAUGGUUGCGCAAGAAAAAUAUUUCAACAAGAUGUAAAUUCUGAGAAAGCUGCACAAACUAUAAAAGAAAUAUCAAAUUUGUUUAAACAAAAUUUAUCAUUUUUGAGGAAAUGUAAUGGGUGUCAGACAAAUUUGUUUUCAAACAAACAGGUACAAAAUGAAAACAGGUUUACAAAUUUGUUUGACGAAAAUCAAACAUUAGCAAAAACUGAAGGAAAUGUUUGUGAUCACCUACCAGAUUUAAACAAAUUUUAUAUUGAGCAACCUAAUUGGCAUUCUAUAGGACAAUUUAUUGUUCGUGUUUAUUCCUAUCUUCAUGAAAUUGAAUAUGAUAUGCCCUUUGUAUUUAAUUUCAACGAUGUACUUAUAAAAAGAAAUGUAAUUGAUUUACCUGAUAUUGAAAAAGAUAUGUCGGAUGUAACAACGACCAAUGUGGAUAAUAUACAUUUAGUUGCUCGCGAACAAGAUUGUGUUUCAAAAAGUGAUGAACUCGUAAUUGAUCAGUUGAAAACUUCUACAACCGAAAAAUCUGAUACUCAGUCUAUUGAUUAUAAUAAUUAUGACGAUUCUGAUUCAAAUGCAAAAUCAGAUGGCGGUGAAAUAAAUAAAGCAAAACCAAGGCGCCGUUGCAGUGACUUACAUUUUCUUGAACAAUGGGGUUGGCAUAAAAAUCGUCGUUAUUCUUCCCGCAAAAAAACUGAACGUGAUGAUGUAGAUUCUAGUCUUAAUGGAUAUUUACGAAAAAUGCUAAUGAAAUAUACAAACACACCAAUUGAACACAAAUGGCCAUUUAGUGCAAUUUCGGGAAAUGACAACAACUCUAAUACUGAAUGUCUGGAAUGUAAAAAACAUUUAUCUGAAGACUCAUUUAAUUUGACAACAAGGAAUGAAUUCAACAACUUUAUUAACAAAAUUAAGGAAAGCUGCAUUGACUUAAUGGAACUGAUUUAUAAAUGGCUUAAAUAUAUGUCAUUCGCUUGGUAUCUGCCAAUACCUGAUAAGCUUAAAAUACUUUAUAUAGAUAUUUUUAAAAUUUACAUGUGUCAUUUUAAUUUAUCUACAUGGAACCAAUUAACAACUACAAAUUAUGAAGCUUCUUACCGGAUAUGUAUCCUAUUUUUGGAAUUAAUGACCAAAAAUCAUCUAAGUGAUAACAGUGAUUUAUGGCGUACUCUGUUUAAUCAUCUACUUUGUAACAUUGGCAAUUGUCAUAUAAUAUCUACAAACAAUUUUAAAGUGUAUCACCUGAAACUGAUUUACUUGGAAUAUUUAGUGCUCAAUAAAGAACAUCGUUAUAAGGAAUGUCUUUCAUGUUUGCAGCAAAUGUAUGACAUUUUAGAACAACAAGAGCCUUCUUUUAUAUUGCAUUUACAAAAUUUAAACAAUAUUUGUAUAAAUAUAAAUUAUGUUAAAAAUCUUCAGUUAAAAUAUAAAAGACAAAUUGAUGUUACCAAUAUACCCAAAUUGUAUGAAGAGGGUUCGUGGGAUAUAUUGGCAAAUAUAAUUGUCGUUAAUAUUGAAUCCAGUGAAAAUAACUAUGACAAUGAAUGUUGGUUAAGAGACAUUUGUGCACAAAUAGAAAUUCUUUUGCAAUCAUUUUGGAUUAUGGCAUCAUAUGAAAACUGUUUGAUAUGGUCCGAAAAAUGUUUCCACUUUGCGGUGUCACAUUAUUUGCAAGAAUCUAAAUCAUCAUUCCGCUGUUCGUUAUUGGCACAAUUAAUAAACUUUAUAACGUCUUAUAUGGAAGCAAUAAUUUUGAAUGAAGGAUUUCACAUUGUUGUUGCUUUAACCAAGGAAAACUUGUCCAGAAUGGUUCAAGAUAUUAUACGUAUUUUGGUCUACCAAUUUGAUGGGACAUUCGAAAAAACUAGUAAUCAUGGCCACGAAUUAAACUUUAAGCGAACAUGGGUUAUUCUGCACCAGCUUGUUCUAAGAGAAGAAAAUGAUAGUCCUAAUAUGAUUAAUAGCAAAAAUGAUGAUACACAAGACGUAAAUGAGAUGAUUCCAAAAUCAUUUUUGAUUUUAUUUACCGCUCAUGAUUAUCUGGGUAAGCGCCAAUGGUGCACUGAUGACAAUGGAGAAUUCCUGCAGUACAUAUUAGAUGCAGUUGUGCUUAAUUUAAAGGCUCCAAUCUAUGAUGUUUGCCGUGAUGUUAUAUACGAGUAUCUUGAACAGGUGACUUAUUGUUUGUUUAAAUACCCUCAAAAAAAAGCACGUUUAAGACAUUUGGAGGACCAUGAAGCUUCUCAAAUCAAACUAUGUUGGCCAAAGGCUAUACAAGUUUUUGAUUUAUAUCGACCAGAAGAUCUGCCUGAAUUUAACUCCUACAAACUAGAAUCAAUAACAUCUGAUAUGGAGCAACUUUUAUUAAGGAUAGUAUCAUUGAUGCCCAAGGAGCUUGAUCCAGCAAUGUCAAUAAAUCAUGUAACAAUGUAUAUUGAAGGACUUUGUGCAUCGCCGCCUAUGGAUGCAAAUGCUUUUAAGUUGCCUUAUAAAGUAUUAAGCUUGUAUUAUUUACUGGCAGAUUUCUAUUUCAAAAACAGAGACUUCAUAAAGGCUAUCAAAUUUUACACACUUGAUUUGACAGUUAAUCCUACAAGAUUCGACUCAUGGGCUGGCAUGGCUUUAUCUAAAGCAAGUAAAAUAGAAACAAAGCUUAAUGGUCUGGAUCCAAUAAGCAUGGAAAACAUCUGGGAAGAGUGUGAAGAAGUUUUACGUUGCUUCGAAUGUUGUAUUAAUUUAAACAGAUUUCAAACACUUUUAUGGAUUGAAUAUGGAUCGUUCAGUUAUACAAUUCAUUCAUGCUUCUCUCGUUAUCUUAAGUGUAAUUCAAAAAAUGUGGAAACAUUUGCCAUCAUUAAUGAAAGAAAAAAUAAAAUGUUAACAAUUGCGUACAAUUGUUUUUCAUUUGCCAAUUCGCUACAAAGUUCAACAUCGUCUGGUAAUAGUGAAGAUAAUGCUGACGCAAAUGACGAGAAAUGGUUAUGUCAAUAUAUGCUUGGUAAAAUAUCUGAAAAAAGGAAGGAGGAGCCAAAAGUAUAUUUAAAUUAUUAUUUAAUGGCGGCCAACUAUCUAUAUGAAAAUAGUGCAACUUAUCCUAUAAAAAUAAACCACAGCAAUCCCACUACUCUUUCUGUUGAAGCUUUAGAAGUUUUUUACCGUAUUAAUGCUGCUAUCAUUAAAUAUCUUCAGCAUGGUAAAGAAAUUACACGAUGUACUGGCGAUAUUUUUAAUAAGAUACUGAAAAAUUUAUCGAACAGCCCAUUUGCAUACAAUAAAGCAAAAAUUGAUGGAAAUUCGCUUAAUAUGUUAAAAGGAAAAAUUAUUAACAAAUUUAAGUCACCAGUAAAUUAUAUUACGAAACAAGAAGCUGUAGACAAUAAUAAAUCAUCAGUUAUUGAGAUUUUAAACAAUGUGGACAAUAUGAAAUCAGUCGAAGAAACUAUCGAAAAUUCAAAAUGCCUAAAAACGGCACUACAGGAGUGUCCCAGUACAUCAACUUCUGCAAUGGUCGCAAGUAGUGGUCGAUCAUCAGUUUUGUCGUCAGAUACGUCCAAUGUUGAGAGUGAAUCAGAUUCCGAUGAAUCAUUGACAGAUUAUGAGAAUAACAUACACAUAAAGGGUGGAGCGUUUAAUGCAGAAGAGCUGAAAAUUGUUUAUCGAAUGGUUGUUCAAAAUAUCGAAGAGUGUGCUACUCGAUUUCCAGAACAUUAUAAAUCUAUUUAUCGAUUAGUAUAUCACUAUAUGAAUUCUCCUCCAGAAUAUUGCGAUCUAACAAAGAGUGAACAACUCUUGCUUGGCCAAUAUAAGACAAGUUUAGGGAAUCUUGUGAAUGGGUUAUUUUACGAUAGAAAAAAUAAUAAUUUAUUUAAUGGAAUAUGGCGAAUACCAUCAUCCGAAAUCGAUCGUCCUGGCAGCUUUUCAGCACACCUGGUAAAAUGCGUUAAAAUUUUUAUCCAGUUACUAUAUAAAAUCAAUGAUCAUAGCAUAUUGGUUGACCUAGCUAUGAAUUUAUAUAAAACUCCAGAUUUGGACAAGUAA